AAGGAGGGGCCUGGGCGGGUGCUGCUGGCGCUUGAGUCCCGGGGCCGCCGGUGCCUCGCUGCACGCUGCCGUGCCGCCGCCCGCUCAGCCCCGCGGUCCGGGGCACGGCUGGCCGCAGAGAUGGGCGACAUGGAGUCUUAUAAGGUGAUGUUGAAUGGGCCAGCACCGUGGGGCUUCAGGCUGCAAGGAGGGAAGGAUUUCAGCAUGCCGCUUUCCAUUUCCAGGCUGACACCAGGCGGGAAGGCAGCCCAGGCUGGUGUGGGAGUGGGCGACUGGGUGCUGUACAUCGAUGGGGAGAGCACCAGCUCCAUGACACACAUCGAGGCCCAGAACAGGAUCCGUGCCUGCGGGGACAGGCUGUCUCUCACUCUGAGCAGAACCCAGAACCAGAUGGGGAAGCCACAGAAGGUGCUGAGCCUUGACAUGCAGCCUCUGCAGCCGCUGGAGCUUCCUAGCACACCUGUCUAUGACCCUGAAAAGUUGAGGCUGAUAGAGGAUGCUGAGGAUUGGCGACCCCGCACUGGCACCUCUCAGUCCCGCUCCUUCCUCAAACUGGCCCGGCUGACGGGCACAGAUGGCAUGGAGGAUCACGAGGAUGAGCUUGUUAAAAAGCCCAGAGCCACAUGUCAGGCACUGACACCUCUCACCCACUGUUCAGACUCUCACUUUGGGGACUAUCCUGGCAAGGCAUGCACCUACGAGGCAGGCUGUCCCAGACAGGCUGGGGAGGAUGAGCUGCACCAUAACUUCUUGAGCAAAUGUGAUCUGGAGGAGGCUGAUAGCACUGGCACAACACCUUACUGGGGGCACUGGGAGGUGCUGGGCAGCACCAGGACCUGGGGCACGAUGUUAUAUGAGUCUGCUGUGGGGCACUCAGGUCGAGAUGGGGAUGCCCGUGGAUCCAGUUUGGGCACAGGGGAGCAGUGGCAGCCCCCACAGCUGCUGGUGUCCCCCAGCACCCCUGUGUGUGACCCUGGGAAGUUGCGGCUGAUAGAGGAUGCUGAGGACUGGCAGCCCCGCACCGGGACCUCCCAGUCCCGCUCCUUCCAGAAACUGGCCCAGCUGGUGGGCACAGAUGGCAUGGAGGAUCAUGAGGAUGAGCUUGUUAAAAAGCCCAGGGAUGCCCGUGGGCCCAGCUCAGGCACAGGGAAGCAGCGGCAGCCCCCACAGCCAGUGGAGUCUCCCAGCACCCCUGUGUGUGACCCCGAAAAGUUGCGGCUGUUAGAGGAUGCUGAGGACUGGCAGCCCAGCGUUUGGAGCUCUCAGUCCCGCUCCUUCCGCAGACUGGCCCAGCUGGUGGGCGCAGACAGCAUUGAGGAUCAUGAGGAUGAGCUUGUUAAAACACCCAGGGAUGCCCGUGGAUCCAGUUUGGGCACAGGGGAGCAGUGGCAGCCCCCACAGCUGCUGGUGUCCCCCAGCACCCCUGUGUGUGACCCUGGGAAGUUGCGGCUGAUAGAGGAUGCUGAGGACUGGCAGCCCCGCACCGGGACCUCCCAGUCCCGCUCCUUCCAGAAACUGGCCCAGCUGGUGGGCACAGAUGGCAUGGAGGAUCAUGAUGAUGUGUUUGUUAAAAAGCCCAGCCAGGUUUCCGUGCUGGACCCGUCCCCUGCAGCAGCAAUGAAGACUGAGCCAGGACUGGCCCCCAGGACCCCUGCUGCAACCCCUGGACCUACCAGUCGCCCACCCUGGGCUGUAGACCCGUCGUUUGCUGAGCGCUAUGCCCCAGACAAGACCAGUACGGUGGUGAGCAAGCACAGCCAGCCGGUCACGCCGACCCCCAUGCAGAACCGCAGCUCCAUCGUGCAGGCAGCCCAGCAAGGCCCUGAGGGUUCCAACUGCACCCCCCUCUGCUACAAGUGCAACAAGGUCAUCAGGGGACGGUACCUGGUGGCACUGGGGCAUUAUUACCACCCUGAGGAGUUCACCUGCUGCCAGUGCAGGAAAGUGCUGGACGAGGGUGGCUUCUUUGAGGAGAAAGGCUCCAUCUUCUGCCCCAAGUGCUAUGAUACGCGCUACGCACCCAGCUGUGCCAAGUGCAAGAAGAAGAUCACCGGAGAGGUCAUGCACGCACUGAAGAUGACCUGGCAUGUGCAGUGCUUCAUGUGUGCUGCCUGCAAAACUCCCAUCCGCAACCGUGCCUUCUACAUGGAGGAGGGACAGCCCUACUGCGAGAGAGACUAUGAGAAGAUGUUUGGUACCAAGUGCCGUGGCUGUGACUUCAAGAUUGAUGCUGGAGACCGGUUCCUGGAGGCGCUGGGAUUCAGCUGGCAUGACACUUGCUUCGUCUGUGCGAUCUGCCAGACCAACCUGGAAGGGAAGACAUUCUACUCUAAGAAGGACAAACCGCUCUGCAAGAGCCAUGCUUUCUCCCAUGUGUGAGGGGCAGGAGUUCUGCUGUGCCCACGCAUGCCUCUGGCCCUGCAUGCUCCUCUUUCCACUGCUGCUGGGCCUUUGCCCCUACUCGUUGUUCCUGCCUCUUCCCUGGCUCAGCUCCAUCUGGAGAGUGCUGGGUCCAGAGCCCCUUAUAGCUGGAUGGCUGCUUCUGUGUUCCUCAACUGGCCCUAGGAGCCCUGGCAGUGGGACACUGCAUGGGUCUCCUGCCCUCAAGCCACACAGCAUUGUGGCUGCAGCUGUGCUGAAGCUGGAGGUGGGGAGGUUCUGGCACAGGAGGGGCUACUCCUUUGCUCAGCUAGGGCCCAUCUGCCUGGCAGCUUCAGUGCUGGGGCAGGAAUGGUCCCAGCACAUCCCUGAGUGGGUGAGGGCCAGCCUCCCCACUUUCCCUGCUGUGUGCUUAGCGCAUGGCUGAAGACUCAGCCCUGCUCCCCUGCCAGGGCCCUGCCUACAGCAAUCACCUGGCCACCCUUCCAACUGCUGGCAUGGAUUCCUACCUGUCUCUGUCAGCUUCAUGUGUCCCAACCCAGAUGGCCUGCUGUUUUCCUGGGCUAGUGUAUGUGGGAUGGCAUAUGGCAGCACCCCCAUACUGACUGUGCUGGGGUUCAGCACAGCACACCAAACCCACCUGGCUGUGGGCUCACAGCAUGUGCUGAUGGCUGGUGGGCUCUGCAAGGCUUGGGCUUGGCUUCCUACCAAAGAGUGCUCUGCCACCGCUGUCAUGGCCUGUAAGUGCCCCUCCCAAACCCACACUCUCCAGUUAGACUGCUGCUGCUGUAGCCACGGUGCUUUUAGUGCCUUUAAUAAACACUUCUCUGCAAGUGC